UGUGGGCGCCUUGACCUAUUACAAUUAGAAACAUUGAUUUGUGAAUAUGUUGAAUUAGCUUUGUGUUUACAAAUUGUUUUUUCGACCCUGGACUCAGCUGGAUAGCAUCGACGACUUGAUAACAUUGUAUUGUAUCAACAAUGACCGAUGUAUGAUUAUCUGCUCAGCCCACCUUGAACACACAUGCAGUAUGCAGAGAACCUUGACUUAACCGCGAUAUAUAAUCUGGGCAAGUGUCGAGGCCAGGUAGAUUGAUAUGCCCCUUCUCGUAGCAGACGAUCACUCUCCUGAAACAUCAAUUAAAUCACUCGCAGUGUGAUGGUUUCACGUCUAGCUGAUGAUCUACCAGACAAGACAUUCUGAAGAAUGGAGGCACUGCUCAAGUCAAUAUUCGUACUAACAGUGGCAAUAAUAUUCCUUCGGUAUCUUGGAUGCAACGACCCUGUUUAUAUUGAAACUGUUAAUCCAACUGAUCCGAUAUCUCUACCUUCUGGGAUCCACCGCAGUGUCCUUAUAGUUGGUGGUGGUCUAGCAGGCUUAUCGGCGGCUUUGGAGCUUGCGGAAAGGGGAUAUAAUGUGACUGUGAAGGAGGCUAGCCCAAUGCUAGGAGGACGUCUCAAAUCUACCGAGGCCGAAAUCCUGGGGGAAACUUUCAGAGUAGAUCAUGGAUUCCAUGCAUUGUUCUAUAAUUAUUACACAUUUAAGGACGUACUACACCGUUUGGGCAUCAACGACAACUUCCAGAGAUGGGGAGCAAAUCACUUCCGGUUCAGAACAUAUAAGGACGAAGUCGUGGAAAGCAAAGGCCCCUAUCCUUUCAACGUAAUAGCUACGCUCCUGAAGAGCCCGAAUUUUAAGGUCUCAGAUAUAUUUGGUAUCUUGCGUAUAUCUCUGUUCUUUGCGUACUACAACCAUGACACUGUCUACCAGCGAUACGGAAACAUCACAUUCGAUGAGUGGGCGGAAGCAGAAAGAGCACCAGUGUGGUUUGCGGAUACUGUCCUUCGUCCUGCUCUAUCUGUAACCUUCAAUGAGCGAACUGUUCUCAACGCCGCAGAGAUUCUGAUGUAUUCACACUUUUAUUUCACUGGGGAUGAGAAGGCCGAUCAACGUUUGAUAGCUAAAGUUGACCAUCGGACUGCUGUAUUUGAUCCAUGGGAACAGAGAUUGAAGUCUCUAGGCGUAAAAAUAGACAAGAAUACGUUUGUCACUGAUCUAAGAUUUGACAAGGACUGGCACGUGUCUGGUAUAUCGCCUUGCUCUCAAGAGUCGUACGAUCAUGUAAUAUUAGCAACGGACUUGUCGGCCGUAAAAGCGAUCUUCACGAAAACUAACCAACAUUUUCCGAGAAGUAAGCAAGUGAACUGCAUCCUGAAGAGGCUCCAGCAACUCCCCCUAGCACCUCCUUAUAAGGUACUUAGGGUUUGGUUCGAUAAACAGCUCUCAUCAACUCACCCGCCAAUUCUACAAACGCCCGAAUUUCAUCCUAUCAACUUAGUUGUACAGUAUCAUCUUAUUGAAGAGAAGUCACAUGAGUGGAGCCAGCGGACUGGUGGAUCCAUCAUUGAGUUUCACCUCUAUGCUUGGUCGUUUGGCGACGUGGAGGACAGAAAUGUAUGGACAAAGAUAGCUCCUACGGUUAAAGAUAUUUAUCCCGAAAUAUUUGUCAAGAAUUUCAAAAUACUAGGUUAUUUCGUCCAUUCCGGAAAGGAAUUUGCUUCAUUCCCCGCCAGUCUUGAACACAUCAGACCAACCGUCAAUUUCCCAUCAGAGUGCGGAGUUACGAAUCUCAACCUUGCAGGUGAUUGGUUGCACACAGAUUACCCAUCAGCCCUGAUGGAACGAGCUGUAUCAACAGGAAGAAUAGCAGCUAACCAGGUGCUUCUUUCAGAUCACGUGAGACAGGCACCUACUCUUGUAACAAGUAAUUUUGGUCCGGGAUAUAUAUGAAUGUGCUUAAUUUACAAAGUGUGUGUUAAAGAAAUACGAUUUUUUUUUAUAAGUGUGUGAAUGAGAUAAAGUAAUCGAUCAAUUAUUUUGAAAAUCAUUUACUAUUCAAAUUGUAUUUACUUAAUUAUAACUUAUUUUGUUAUUUAUUAAAAACCCAAACCUGACAGAUUAUAUGAAUGAGCAUUAAAGCCUAUACUUCUAGAUUUAUUGGACAAUGAAAUUCCACCAAAUAGGAAAAGAAUCCUGAAUAGGCGCCAUAUGUAUUCCCUCCCAAUCUCGUGUACAGUACUUUUCAGUAAUAGUGAAAUGGUCAGGAGUGAAUGGAGUUAUUAGUUAAUUAUUUCGUGCUACUGUGCUCCAUUUAUAAAUUUUAUUUCAGAGACACUUCAAACGCUUUCCAUUAUUGAUGAUACAUUUUGUUGGUGGGUAUUCAUGUUGUGUUUGUCUUGAAACAGUUAUGUUCUGGAGGAUAUGGAAUAAUAGUAUACAAAUAAUGAAUUUUAAUGAGUGAAAUGGACAGAAUACUUCAUGAGGCGUAGCCAAGUGGAAUUUAUUACUCAUUUCAUCUUUCGCCGAAUAGAAGUAUUUUGUUCAUUUACAAAAAUAAUUCCGCAAAUUAAUCCACGUUGUUACUAUCCGCAACUUCCAGACUUCAUUUGGGAGUAUGCUUAAUGGAAACUUUCCACUGAUGCAAACAAGAUGUCCUAAUGUCAGGAGAUGCAAUAUGAGGAUAAUCGGCCUCUUGGACCUUCAUCAUUGUGAACCCUUGGUCUCGUAGGGAAUAAUCGGCCUCGUGGGAAUACAAAUUUUAGCUGUAGCAAAUAUGUUUGCACUGCAUGUUGCAAGAAGCAGAUCAACAGUAAAUACAAUUGAUCGAAUAUAUUUUAAGUUUAUACGCCUCAAUAGUCAUCUUUGUAAAAGGGAAUCCACACAAGACACAAGAAAAUAAACCGAACACCUUUAUUUCAAUGUUAAAGCAUUUUGUUUGCGUCUUUUAUUUGGUGUAUGAAAUAUAUAAUUUGUUAAAAUUAAUAGCAUUUGUUGGUUUUCUAAUAUGAUUUUAUAUAUUUGAUAGUAGAACAUUGUAUAAAUUACCUUGGUAGAUGUACUGAAAGAAAAUUAUUAGUAAGUUAGUAUGAGAAUUGCAGUCACACUUGGACUACACCAUAGGACGGCACAGACCUGCACACGCCAUCAGUAAUACUCGUGCAAUUACACACACAACUCACUGCCCAUGAGUUUUUAUUUCAUGAUGCCAUUUGCGAGUGUAUAUAUGUAUAUAUAUAUAUAUAUAUCAUAAAUUCCAUAAUUUUUUUUAAAUUCACUAUAAAUUGUACAUCUAAUGAUGUUUUUAUGGUGCAAAUCAUUUCAAUAUUAAGAAAUGCAAUAUAUGAUGGAAUCCAUGUGUAGCCACAGCUAUAAAGAAAUCUGAUUUUAUUACUGUUUGUCUUAUUUGUAUAAACUUUAGUGCAAUAAUAUGUGGCAGAUUUAGCAAGAAUAAAUCGCUGCGUAUGUAUACAUAAGUCAAAAAUUGAAUGAAUAACUUCAACCAAUUUUCAUACAUAAUCUCCAUUAAAUUUGUGGCAAGAAAAAGUAAAAUAAAAAAUCCGAUAUACGUAAUUUUUAUAACUAUAUUUUCAAUUAUACUGUAAGAUGUCCAACAUAAUGUACUUCAAGAGGUGCAAUCGCUAUGUUGUGUACAAUAGGAGGGAAUUACUACACUACAUAUAAGAUAUUUAUGAACGCAUUUUCCUUCAUGGUUAAAGUUGUGUAGAAUUAAUUCAGGUGCUGAGUAUAUGAAUGGUGAACUAUAUCUAUACAAGUUAUGUUAAAACUGCAUUGAUAUACAUCAAUAUAUACAAUUAUGCUCUGUGUUCGUAUGAAGCAUCUUUAGAUUAAAGAGAGAGGGGUAUGUAAGAGGGCUGUAGGAAAUAUGAAUGAAAAUAUUACUAGUAGUGGAAAGGGCGUAGUCUAAGGUUACUUGAGAGGAUAAAAGGAAGACGUGAGGGGUGCACUUUAUAUCCUCAAAAGCACUAACGUUUGAAAAUUCCAAUGUAAUUUGUGUUUGAGCCAAAAAUCGUUCAUGUAUCAUUUCUACUUUUACUGAUUAAACUCAAUAAAUUUCGUCUUGUUUAUAGUCUGAAUAAAUUCGCCGACGAUUUCGAAUUUUUUUCUAAGGCCGGAAACAAAUUAAUACGUAAGAAAAAAAUACAUAAGACAAAAAAAUUGUGAUAGUGAUUUUUUUUGUUUAAGUAAACUUGAUCAGAAUCCUGAUUUUGGUGCCAUAUUUAGUUAGAGUGAUUUUGUAAUAUUUAAAGUACAAAUUAGCAUAUUCAAUUGGUAAUGAGAAUGUUCGAAGAAUAAUUCACCAUACAGUUUUGUAGAUUUCGCCAUUGGUAAAAGUGCGUGCCGACUUUCGUCGCGAUAGCGUGGUCGACGGCCUAGAUCAUAAAGUGGUGGGGUCCUGAAUCAGUCCCCGUCUUCUUAGAUGUCAAAAUAGCAAUUUUUUAGGGUUACAGACUAAUGUUUUAAAUGAAAUUUUUAUCAUACAUCCAUAUACCUAUUACAAUUAUAUACGACAAUAUACAAAGUAUUUAUACAUCAUUCACGACAACCAUGGUCCACUUCUAUCCGAAUCAGAAGUUCUAUGUUGCAAUAUUAAAUUCAUUGACAGCUGAUUCAAAAAGAUUAUUUUCAGUCCCCACAACAAAGCAAAUAUAUACAUACAUCUAAUCAUUAAACAAAUCUGUUACAUAUAGGCGGUAAGUGCAGCAUUAUUAUGAGUUUUUUUUAUUUUAAGAUUGUGUCAGUGGUUGUGAACAAUGCAAGCAGUAAACUAGCAGUCCGUAUAUCGUGCUGCAUUUUGUCAUUAAUGCACAGGAAAGCGAGCUCCUGAAGUCCAGUAUUUGCAAAAAUUGCCUUCUCACUCCUAUACUACAGA